UUGCUUUGAUUACGGGAGGUGGUGUGGCCGUGGUUACGUGAGAAAAUGCUAAUCUCCUGGCGCGGCCGUGCGCACGCUGCUGUCGACGUUGUGUGACGCUGAGUGCGUGGCGAGAUGUCGACGCCCCGACUCCGGGGCCGCGACAUUUCCAUGGAAACGUAGACGCGGUAUACGCGGGAGCACUUGCCGCGCCCGGCGUUGCUACGCGAUGUUGCUCCGCACUGGUCCGUGCGGUUAGGUUAUUCACGGAUCGCAUUCCGCCGUAGCGAUCGCGUCCACGGGAUCCGACCGUCAUCGUCCUUACCAACCCGCCCAAUUAGUAAGCACAGAAAUCCCAGAGUUUAAAGAGCACAUGUGACGUCCACUCGAGGAUAACGAUAGAGUGAAAGCUGAAGUGUUAGUGUUCGCAUGACGUUGCCAUCCUUAUAUUUCGUACAAUGAGCAGCUGGACCGAGAGAAUGCAUCGACGCGCUGCUACUUUAGGAAAUGUUGUAACCAGCUGUGGACAUCCCUCCUCGGUGCCACCAUACCCAAGACGCCUUGAAAAAGUCAAAUUUGGGGUACCCCUCGACGAAGUAUGCAAGAACGAUAUUCCCGGGCCUUUAUUGGUCCUUAUAUUAAAAUUAAACAAGGAAGCUCCACUCAGGAAAGAUGUUUUCCGAGCGCCUGGUCACCAGGGUAACAUGAAGAAACUCAUUCACUUUCUGCAAACCGGACACUUGGUCAAUAUGGACAAUUUUAGCGUUUACACGAUAGCUAGUGUUCUGAAGAAAUUUCUACGCAAAAUACCGGGUGGUGUAUUCGGGAGGGAAGGGGAGCAACAAUUGUUCACCGUAAUUCAACUGGAUAGCAUAGAACAACAACGGGACCAGAUACACAAAUUAAUUACCUCCUUGCCGAUAUACACGCAACGACUGCUGGUGCUGCUGUUCGGGACAUUCAGGGUAGUAGCGGUAAAUAGCGAACGAGCGCACACGGGGAUGUCCAGCGAAGCCCUGGGGGUAUCCGUGGCACCGUCGUUUUUUCAGAGCUGCGUGAGCGACGGCAAAACCGCCAAGAUGGAAGAUGUCCUCAGAUUUAAGGUUGCCACGCGCGUCACCAAGUUCAUGAUAGACAAUUUCGGCGUAUCGAAUCUUUUCGGCAGAGACAACUACGAAUUUUACGCGCGCAUCACCGGUAGAAUAUUGAAAGUGGAGGAGGACUGGAUCUUCAGUUUUCGAUAUCCACCAGAUACUCUCGUGUCGAGUAAGUAUCGAUAUAUAUAUCCUGUAUUGUCGCACGAUAUUGUUACGGUAAAAUCACAAGUAUACCGUAAUUCUUGCGAACUUUUAGGACAGCUGUCGUUGGAAGCCGAGAAAACGUGGUUGCAAUACGAGUGCGAGAGAUGGGGACUGAAAUUUAAUUUAGAAUGUAUGUCGCAUCAGGAGGAAUCGCAGUCAACCCCGGCGCUAAUUCACAUGCCAGAAUCCUUGGAUCUCACUUCGUCGUUAGGCAUGAUUCCCGAGAACACCUUGCUCGAGAGUUACACGCGUCUUUCGGUUAGUUUAGAGGAGAACGGCCUGUUCCAGGCAUCCAGUCGGUCGUCCAGCAACGGCAGCCAUCAUUCUAGACACGCGGGAAUGACGUUAGAUGAGCUUCGCGCGGUGAAUCGCUACGCUGAGAGCACCAAGAGUCUCAGCUAUCUGCCGCAGGUUCACGAGAGGCAAGCCGCGCGAAUGCGCACUCGAUCCGAGUGGUUUCUCACGCCGGUCGGAGAAAGACUGACGGCAACGGACAGCGACCCCACGGCGAUACACGUUCUGCGUGGUUCCAACCGCUCCUCCUCCGGCAACAUCGCCACGGGUCUAAGCGCCAGCGCGGAGUCCGUGAAGCGGCCGAGUCUACGGAGAACGUCCUCCAGGGAGAAGCAACGUCUGCACCGCAGUUCGUCUCGUCGCAACAAGGAGAACGGCGCGAAGACGCGCGUAGCGGAGGCGACGUGCAAGUCGCGCUCCUUGGAGACGAUGAAGACGAAGAUCGUGCGAGUAGUAACGGUAGAGCAGCCGGUCGAGAAGAAGAUCCUGGACAGCAGCCGCGAUAUCAUCGAGGAGCGGCCCGUCAGAGAACACGCGUGCACCACCGCUAGCAGCCAAGGCGGCGACGGCACCAUCGGUCCGCAGGAUUGCACCGAGAUGGACGUGCAGACGUUUCACGUCACUCUCACGUACAAGCCGCGAAUAUAAGCGACCUUUAGUUUAAUCUUCACGUAAGGGAGUGUCAUCAAUCUCAACGAGCCGCCAGGCAAUCGGCAGCUAAUCUUCUUCGCGUGAAAUCGCCUACGUCGAUAAUGUUAAUUAAUAUAUACAUAUUCGGAAAUCUAUUUAUUUUUGUGCCGUAUUAUCGUAAACUCCAAGUAUUCGCCGCUCGCCGUCUUAAUGCGUACAGUAGAAGAAUUUUCAUACGUCUCGGCGCUGCCUGCGAUUAUUGUCGGCAAUACCGGCGUUUAAUUUCGUCGUAUACACGACAAGGACAGUCGAUUACGUUGCGCGACGGCGAGAACGCGGAUUUGUUAUCUCCUCUUUUUUAAACAUUAAUUCCGCGAACACGUGCUUUUGGUUACUCGGGUAACAGACAAUAUAUAUCGUGGCAUUCCAAAUGCAUUUACUGGCCCCUCCGAUGUUAUUUUAAUUCGUCUUUCUCGCGCGCGCUCAGACGAUUCGGUUUUAUUUCCACAGGCAUCGCGUUUUCUUUUCGCUCACGUUUAUCGCCGAUCACGUCGCACUGUUGUGUAUUUACUCCACGCUAGAGAUAUGGUGGAUAUGCAUUGUCCCGAAAAAUCGAAAGCUCAAAGUUCGGAUAUUGAAGCCAUCUUCUGAGAGAAGUCAUAAUCAUAAUAAUACCGAAAUCCGAAUACCGGGGCAAUCUUCAGAAAAACAAUUUUCCCAAAAAAUACAGCUUUUUCGAAACAUUCGUUGAUAUGAUUUUCGGAAAAAAUUAUAUUAUUAUUAUUAAAUAAAAUUAUAUAUUCUUUCAAUAUUUCGAUAAAAUUGUAUAUGUUGGAAAAAUUGAGACUUUUCGGGAAAUUGUUACGUAUUUUAAAUUUCAGUAUAUUUUUUUUCGGGCCGAUAUAUGUCGACCAAAGAUACGACUCGUAGACGUCUUCUCGGCAAAACUUUUCACUGUCGCGUACGGACGACGCACGUCCCACCAAGAAAUACAGAAUUCGAUAGAUUUUUGUAAAUAUCACGUAUUUCGCAGGGGAGCUCUUUGAAUCGCGGCGCGCUUACGAUACAAACACGAACACAUCGUUACGAGGUUGUUACAUGCCAAAUUAGUGAUAAUUCUAAGCCAUCAUCGAUUAGAUAUAUUACGAUCGUCGUUACUGUCGUGCACUAACCGAAUCGUUCACGUAAGACUCCGUUGCAGUAGCGGCUAAUGAGACCGUAAGACAUUACUCAAUAUUAUCCUCGUCCGCGAGAACGAACGCUCACGGCCGAGACGUUUACUCCGUAAGUUAUGUUUCCUUGUAAAUAACGGCGUACGUAUAUAAUAUGCUACAACGAAAGUGUUCCAUAAGUAAGAAGAAGUAUGAUAAUCGAACGGAGAAAUCGCGCACGCGCGACGAUCCCCAGCUUCCAACGGUAUUCUGUGCCACGUUAACGAUAGAUUAUAACGUUAUCUUGUUGAAAGAAGAAAAACAUCGCGUGUAAUAAUCUCAAUGGUUGCCCGUUGAUGGGAUUUCGUAGCUUGAAUAAAUAGCACGUUUACGAAAUCACAUCAACUCGCUGCUUGAUUAUCGUAAGUGAUACUUUCCGUUGAUCCAAGAUAAACAUCGUUAACGGAGUUAACCAGAAUACUCGUUGCGGGUUGUGUUAUCGAUUAAUCUGAUAAUUGUGACUAAUCCUGAGGGGAUUAGAUGAUCAGACGGAGUUCGUGUAGAAACGUCGGAGAAACGUCGCUAGAGCAGGCGCCCGCAACAAAAGGAAGAAAAAAAAAAGAGAGAGAGAGAAGAGACACUGUCUGUUCAAGUUUCUUGCAAUCUCUGUUCUCUAUGAAAACCACUGUCGAAAAAUUACGUAAAUGAUUAUAUUUAUGACUACACAUACAGCGUGUAAAUAUUUAAUAUACCAAAAAUGUAAAGUUAUAAUUAUUAUUGGACGCGUAUAUAUAUAUAUAAUAUAUAUCAAUACAUACAUGUAAACGCGAGAAAGUAUGUGCGAACGUAAUUGAUAUCGUCGUAAUCGAAUAAUCGGUAUUAUCGGUAUUAAGUCCUCGAUGUCGUUGUACUCGUCGUGACGCUUCAAGUGUCGAGCAGAGGAAAGAAGACGCAGGCCCAAAUGAUAAGGCACGCAAUCAGGAAGAGCAUCAGUCUCGAGCGAAAGCCGUCCCAGCCGAUCACAAUCACCCGCGACGUCGCACCUCCGUCGCUCGCCACCGCGGUGAACUGAAAUACGAAACGCGUGGUCGAUGUACAACGCCGAUGCGAUGGCCCGAUAAAAUAGCACACGAGGAAUAGACGAUCACGUCGUCGUCAUCGUCGUCGUCGUCGUCAUCGUCCGGCUCCUCGUCGUCUCGCGCUGAUCUCGACACGCUCUGAAGUUGCUGUCGCAUCUGCGUUUCUCGAUCCCGCGUGCCAGUCGGCUGGUCGUCGGUCAUUCCGACCUGCUGCUCGUCUUCGACAACGACGUCGCUUCCGACCGCGCCAACCGCCGCGGACCGCGACACGCCAAAGUAAUCAUCGUCAUCAUCGUCGUCAUUAUUAUUAUCGCCAUUGUCAUCGUGUUGUUGUUUCGCAAGAUACAUGUCCGAUCGUGCGCAGUCAGAUAUAUUUUUUACCGACGACAAUUUCACACUGCGGCUUCCCGGGGGAGAAGAGAGCGUGUUUGACACAUUAACGCUCUCUAAAGUAUAUGUGAUUGUAAAUAAUUUGAACGUGUCGCAGCAAAGGGAGAAGGUCUUUAGCGGCCCUCACGGUCUCUUUAUGGUUACCAAAAUUACCGAUAAAAUCGAAGGACACGUUGCACAGCUUUUUAUUGCGGUACACGAUCGAUUAAAAAGUCACUCAAAUCCAUUCUCUUCUCUCUCCCCGUCGCAGUCGUUCUAACUCUCGCCUGUUACAAUCUUUGCCAAAAAAAACCAUGGAGCACCAUUGAUCUGUAUUGAUCAAAAAGUUCGUUUCUGUUCUUUUCCUCUUUGUUGGAUUAGCGUAAGCGUCGUGCUGGAGGAAGACGAACGAAUUUUUUGAUUGAACUGACGUUUUAUAGAAUUAAUAAAGAACACACAUACACACA